CAAUUUGUUGAACAACUCAAGAAGCACAAUAUUCCGGUCACUUAUGUCGUCUAUCCGGAUGAAGGACAUGGUUUUCGGAAGCCACGAAACGUCCUUGCUGAAGCUGGAUUCAGAGAGAGAUUUUUACAUGACUGUUUGCACGGACGAUAUGAAGCUUUCACACCAGGACAAUAUAAUUCAAGUGCAAUUAUCGUCACUGAACCAAAAGCAGUGGGUAAAUCAUCAUUGAAGGUUGUUAAAAGUUACACUAUCAACAAAUUGGGUGCAAUCCAUACAGAAUUCACAGCCCCUUCAACGUCAUAA